GAAACUAUUUGACGCUAUUCCUCUCCUCCCUCGGACUAGAAGUGAAAGUUGUCCACAGAAAACCAUGGAUAAAACCAAGCGUUAUAGAACGGCAGCCUCCAGCAAAAAGGGAAGAGCAAAGACAAGAGUUUCUACGUUUCAAAAGCAAUCUUAUUUUCUGUGAAAGCAUUUUCAAAGAGCUUCUAACAGCCCUGCAACCCACCCCACGGUUAAUCCUGCAGAUUGGGCCGAGGCUAGUUCUGAUUUCCCGCCCCCAAUCCCCCAAAGGUGGUAGCAGGGGUCGAGCUACCAAACUUGCCCCUACGGACCUCUGCCUGGUCCAUCCAGUGCUCCGUUGACUGACUCUAACGGGGACCAGAAAAGUGAGUGACCUCCAACAUCAGCCCAGUCUCUGAGGGCUCAGCGCCGUCGUCGUCACUUCCGCCGUGCUCUGGUUCCUGCCCCGCCCCCGGCGGCUCCUUCCUCCUCUCUUCCGCGAUGGAGGGUGGUUUGUUGCUCUCUCGGGCUUAGUCUCGUGGUGAGCACGUGCGGGCGCUCUAGCCAAAGAGUUGAUUCUGUAAGGACCUGGAAAUCCCUCCAUGGGUCUCACCAAGCAAUAUCUGCGCUACACAGGCACUGCCCUCUUUGGAGUGGUUGCUAGCCAAAAAGGCAAUAUUGCCUAUGUGACUUUGCGGGGUGAGAAAAGUCGUUAUGUGGCAGUACCUGCAUGUGAGCAUGUGUUCAUCUGGGAUACACGGAAAGGAGAGAAGGUUCUCACUCUCCAGGGCCUCAAGCAGGAGGUGACUGCUCUCUGCCCGUCUCCAGAUGGGCUUCAUUUGGCUGUUGGAUAUGAGGAUGGAUCGAUCCGUUUAUUCAGUAUCUUAAGUGGUGAAGGGAAUGUCACUUUUAAUGGGCAUAAAGCUGCUGUUACAACCUUGAAAUAUGAUGAGCUGGGAGGGAAGCUGGUUUCAGGAUCAAAGGACACAGAUGUCAUUGUUUGGGAUGUGAUCAAUGAAAGCGGUUUGUACCGACUGAAGGGCCACAAGGAUGCCGUCACACAGGUGCUCUUCUUGAAGGAGAAGAAUAUCUUGGUUUCCAGUGGAAAGGACACCUUAGUGAAAUGGUGGGACCUGGAUACUCAACAUUGCUUCAAAACACUGGUUGGACACCGUACUGAGGUGUGGGGAUUAGCUUUGGUUUCUGAAGAAAAGAUGCUUAUCACUGGUUCUGCUGACAGUGAAUUGAGAGCCUGGGACAUCAGCUAUUGCCAGGAAACCCAAGACCCUAAUGAACCAGUGUACAAGAGAAGCAAAGGGGCUGCAGAGAGAAUAGAAGAAUCUUCUGAAGUGGAUAAGAUGGAGGAUCAGGAUGAGACUCAGGAAGAGCGGAUCCUGAGUUGCAAGAAAGCUGGCUCUGUGAUGAGGGAAGGAAGGGACCGAGUUGUGAGUCUCGCCACUGACCGGACAGGGAGGAUUCUUGCUUGCCACGGAACAGACUCUGUCCUGGAAGUGUUCUAUGUUCUUAGCAAGGAAGAGGUUCGCAAGAAAAUGGAGAAGAAAAUGAAGAAAGCAAGAAAAAAGGCCAAGAAGAGGUCAAAUGUGCAGGAGGAGGAAGAACCGGAUGCCAGUGUGGAGUGCAGUCUGCAAGAGAAGAUUCAGCGCCUCAUUAACAUUAAAACAUCUGCUAAAAUCAAAUCUUUUGACUUGAUACUCAGUCCAAAAGGGGAGCUGAAAGCCACUGUAAUGCUCCACAACAACAUAAUUGAAUCUUACACCUUGAACCCGUGUGGACAGACUCCCCAGGUUGCUCAGAUGUCCAAGAUUACCAUUGGGGGCCACCGCAGUGAUGUCAGAACACUGGCAUUUAGCUCUGACAACAUUGCCAUUCUCUCCGCUGCUGCUGAGUCCGUUAAGAUUUGGAACAGGUCUACUUUGCAAUGCAUCCGGACCAUGGCAUGCGAAUACGCGCUCUGCUCACUUUUUGUCCCAGGAGAUCGGCAAGUCAUUGUAGGAACCAAGACUGGGAAACUGCAGCUAUUUGAUCUGGCUUCUGGGACUUUGUUGGAGACCCUCGAUGCACAUGAUGGGGCCCUCUGGUCCAUCUCUCUCUCUCCAGACCAGCGUGGCUUUGUAACAGGAGGUGCGGAUAAAUGUGUCAAGUUCUGGGAAUUUGAGCUGGUGAAAGACAAGAACAGUACCCAAAAGAGGCUCUCUGUGAAGCAAACACGUGUCUUGCAACUGGAUGAAGAUGUUAUCUGCAUUCGGUACAGCCCCAACCAAAAACUUCUUGCAGUUUCCUUACUGGACUGCACUGUGAAAAUAUUCUACACGGACACACUCAAGUUUUUCCUGUCUCUCUAUGGACACAAACUCCCAGUGCUGUGCAUGGAUAUCUCAUAUGAUGGGUCACUGAUUGCAACUGGUUCUGCUGACAGGAAUGUGAAGAUCUGGGGCUUGGACUUUGGGGAUUGCCACAGGUCCCUCUUUGCCCAUGAUGACAGUGUGAUGUACCUCCAGUUUGUACCCAGGUCCCACCUCUUCUUUACAGCAGGGAAGGACCACAGAAUUAAACAGUGGGAUGCUGAUAAGUUUGAGCACAUCCAGACCCUGGAGGGGCAUCACCAGGAAGUGUGGUGUCUGGCCCUCAGUCCCAAUGGCGACUAUGUUGUGUCCUCCUCUCAUGAUAAAUCAUUGCGUCUUUGGGAGAGAACAAGGGAACUUCUUGUCUUGGAGGAGGAGAGGGAGAUGCAAAGAGAAGCUGAGUAUGAAGAGGAUCUCGCUAAGGAAGGCCAGCCUGUGGUUGCAGGGGAGACUCAAGGAGAGACUGGGUUAGCAGGCAAGAAGACCAUCGAAACUGUCAAGGCAGCUGAGCGGAUCAUGGAAGCCAUUGAGCUAUACCGAGAAGAGACUGCCAAGCUGAAAGAGCACACAGCCAUCUGCAAAGCUGCUGGAAAAUUGGUUCCUCUUCCUGUAAACCCCAUUCUCCAAGCAUAUGGCAAUAUUUCACCUUCUGCUUACGUACUGGAUGUUCUUAAAAAGGUGAAGUCGAGUGAACUGGAAGAAUCUCUGUUAGUGCUGCCGUUCUCCUACAUCCCGGACCUGCUUGUGCUCUUCAAUCAGUAUAUCGAGCUCGGUUCAGAAGUAGAGCUGCUCUGCCGGGCUCUCUUGUUUCUGCUCAGAAUACACUUUGGGCAGAUCACAAGCAACCAGCUUCUUGUUAAAGUGAUGGAGAAUCUAAAGAAAAGCACCAUCUCUAAAGUCGGCCAAGUGAGGGAUGUGCUGGGAUUCAACAUGGCUGGUCUCCAGUUCCUAAAGAGAGAAAUUGAGGCCAAAGAUGAAGUGACUUUUUUUGCUGAUGCUACUGAGCGAUUUGAGGAGAAAAAGAGGAAGCGGAAGAAGAAGCAGAAGAUGAUCCUUGCAGUGGUCUAACUGAGGUGUUCUUGGAUUUCUCCUUCCGAGGAGCACACAGGGGCUUGGAAGGGAUGCUCUCUCUAGCACACUGAAAUAGUGUGGAUCUUGUGCGUUUGGCAGAGGGUGAGAGGUUCUGUGGGGAAUUUAAUAGGACUUUGCCAAACUUUUACAAAUAUCUUGGGAUUGAAAGGUAGGAGUUAGGAGGAUUCAGGAACUCUCCACCCCCCCCCCACACCCCCAGUCUGGCUUCUUUCUCACCUACUGGUUGCUGCUUACUUGCAGCUACUUUUGUCCCAGUCUUGUUUUUGGCACACUCUCUUUCUUUAAAAAGCAGGGUUCUCCAUAGCUAAUUGGUGAAUAUGUAGGCAACACCUCACCUAACACUGCCAGUCAAAUUUAGCUAUUUGACAUCACAGAAUCAAAGCGAGGACAGUGCUUCCUCUCUUUCAGAAUGUGCCAACAUAGUCUGGUUCUGCAGCUUGUUCUCCAAAGCAGUUGUUGGUAUCACACGAGUAUACAUUUUUUUCAGAAAACACAUACUUCUUUUGGCUCAGUCCUAGGACUGAAACAUCUUUUUGCACUCUACUUAUAUUUACAAUGUGAAUCUUUCUAAAGCUCUUUAAAAGCUGAAAUGAUGGAAGUAAUUUGGUAUCUGCUCUAGAGUGCUUGGAGUUGUUUUUAGUGAUGUGCACGAAAUGCAGCACAUCCCUUUAACACAGAGGGAUUACACAUCCCCUUUAACAUGGGGGAGAGCAGAUCCAUACCUGCUCCUCUGCUGCUCACUACCACUUCCUUAAUCACGGCAUUGCUGCCCACCCCCCAGCUAUCACCAGCUGCUCCUGCAUGAUGCCAGCACGCAGGGGAAGCUGGGGGGAGAGUGCUGCCAACGUGUGAUGAUAACUGGUUGGGCACUGCAAUUAAGGAAGUGGUGGUGAGCAGCAGAGGAGUAGGUAUGAACCUGCUCUCCUCUGUGUUAAAGGAGAUGUGUAAUCCCUCCAUGUCAAAGGGAUGUCCUGUAAUUUUGAGUCUGAAUCGCAUUUUGUGCACAUCCCUAGUUGUUUUCUAUGUGUUUGAGCUUCUAGAAGAAAACAAUUAAAAAACUCAUAUACAAAGUAUAAUGUUGCAAGCUCUUACACAUUUGUGGCAAACUACUAAAGCAUGUGAGGGGAAGCUGUUGGAAUGCAAUCAUCAGAAGAUGCAGUGUAUGUACUGAGGAGAUCCUUGUUGGAUGCUCUACUAUGUGCUUGUUUCCACAUACAAAAUGAUAGAAAAAUGCCAGUCUUUUCUCUCAAGUCCAGUUGACACUUGUCUGAAAAGAGAGCUCAAGUCGGAACAAGCAAUAACUUGCCCUUUUCCCUGACUGUGUGAGAAGAACUCGAGAAACCUUUUCUCAACCCAGUAAUGUUGCAAGCAUCCAUUUCUCAUUGCUUGCUGUUUAACAGAUAGUGUGUGCGAGUGAGUUGAUUUACAGAACCAAACAUUUCCGGAAUCAUUUUUUGCAUGUAGCUCAUUUAUUUUGUACUCUUUCCAGAUGGUGUCCACAAUUCCAACAAACCAUUCCAUGUGCUGCUCACUGAAAUAAAACAGUGAGGCACUUGCUGUAAACUGCUGUAGGCGCCAUGCUAUAUCUGGAGCCCGAGUGAAGCCUUUCUCAUCUAUUUUAGAAACUGAUUUUUGCUGUUUGUCUUUUUGAUAUACAGUAGUAGAAUAUCAACUGCUAGAAUUCCUUUCUAGUACUCAUUUUCACAUUCAAGCCAGAAAGACUUGCCAAACUGGGUUAGAAGAUCAGUGCAUUUCAUUUCAAAGCAGAUUUUCCGUCCUCUCUAGCCUCUGUAGUCUGCAGGCACAUCUGCAACACUGGAAACAUUAAAGAAAAAAGAAAAAAAGGAGCCAUCAGUUGAUAUAACUGAAGUCAGUGUAUGUUGGUACAGUAAUUGCUUGGUUUAAGCAUAUGCCAGUCUGUUGUUUCUCAUGGAGUUUGAGGAAGAGAGUCUAGAUGUGUCUAGAAUGUCAACACCCUUUACUCAUUGAAAAGGAAUGGGGAAGAUUCCUUUCAAGGAUUAUGUGGUACUCAUUUGCUCCAUUUUGGUGUUUCACAACUCUCAAGACAGCAAAUGUAUCCAGUUCCUGCUGCAUUCCUUCAGUAAAGUGCUGUUGAUGGUAGCAGGCUAAACAUAAAUCUUGCCUCCCACCUCUAUUGUUGUUAAAUGCUGGCCACCUCUUGUAUCCACACACAGAACUCACAAUCUUGAGGAAGUAAGUUUUAUUGUUUAUAAGUCUGUGGUGAAGUGCCUGUUUUUCUUAGUAAGUUGAAGAUCUGCUGAGAAGCAGUUGGUACAUCUCGUACCAACAUCAUGUGUGAAUAAUAGUAAAGAAAUGAGUGGGAAUUUAAAAUAAAAUUGGUUUUUAAAAAAAUCA